CAUAUUUAAAUAUUCAAUAUUCUUUCCCUUUUAUUCGUAGCAUCCACUCCAUAUAUCACUUCAUAUACCACUUUUAACGCCCUCAUUCCCUUUCUUCAAUUUUUAAUUUUCCCAGACGCCUCUUCCACAUCACCCAAUUAUUUUAUACAUCUUAAUGACUAUGACAAACCAAGACGAGUUGCAGACGCUCACGCGUACGCUCUGUCACACCCCGCACCGAGCUGUUCUUUUAAAAAAUGCGUUCCAAUUCCACUCUGACUUGGCUGGACGCAGAACCAACGGCUCUACGGUCACAGACCGCACAUUGUUUUCGGUGUGCGAGCCACGCACGCGCGUCGAUGUUCUGCAGCCACCCAACGACCCGUUUAUCUUGGACAACAUUUUCAAAUCACAAAAAAGCAAGCGUCGCGGUCUUUUAUCGUGGAACCCAAUGCCGUCGACGGAUACCUCGGGCCAUAUGGAGAGACCUGGAGGCUUGGCGCCCAUGUGGGACUUUUCAAGGCAAAUUCGCGCGCGAAACAGACGACGUAGCAUCCUGGGUAACAAGGUUAGCUUUACGUCUAUGCGUCGGCGGCGCCAAAAAUCGGAUGCUAGCAACUGCAGCGGUGGCAGUGUUGUGGGCGACCAUACGCGCAGCAUCAGUGACCCGGCAAGGGUCAGCCUUGUAGUAUCCCCAGCAGUGCUGGAGACACCUAGCGCCCUGCGCUCAUCCUUUUCUGUGUCCUCCACUUCUUUGAAUGACGGUUCGACCACCGAGGAGGAUUAUGACGGGUCAUCAGGCGCAUCCUCACCGAGGUCUUUGCCCUCGUCAACCGCCACGAUAAGCGGUCCGCCACACCUAACACCGCCACCAGCCACCGCGUACCGGCGUCUGGAACCAUUCCCAAAGCUUCGGCAUAACUCGAAUAUAAUGGAUUUUGAUUUCAGGCUCUCGGACAUGUUUUCCAACGAGGCCCUGUUUAAUGAAGACAAAGGCCGCUUCAGCUUGGGCAUUGCACUGAGCCACACUGCAACCAUCCCCAGCCGGCCGACCAAAUCACCAUACACCCCCGCUUGCAUCCAUCCGGUGGCGAGUGGGCACGUAGAAGUCCAACGGCCGGAGCCAGUUUUUCUUCGCACAAUCGACAGCCGCCUGCGCUCCCAGCGGUGCUUCUCGAUGCCGUGUGCGCCACCCAAGCCGGGUUUUCUCCUCAGCAAGAGGAAGACAGCGUCGCAGCUAAUUAUUGGGCACAGGCUUGAUGCCACUCCCGUAUUCAUGAUGCAGGUUACAUCGUGUGGGAUGACUUCUCCUCCAACUAAAACCAGAAAUGCCGAGCUGUCCAAAAUCGAGGGACCUGGGCAGUUGCCGCUCCCUUCUACUGCUUCCCUUACAAAUACCGCGUCCGUUUCUGCCUCCAAUCCAGAUAUCUCAGGAUCCUGCAUCAACUCAAGUGGCAAUAGCUCUACCGCCACUGCUGCGAGAGGCAGUAACGGCGGCUGGUUCAUCCCUGCAUCCAUCAGGUUAUUAAGGAAGCUUGCUGCUUGCGGACCCAUGCGGCGCAAGCGACCCUUGGUGACUGGUGAUUAAGCAAUCUGUAGAUUAGUUGAUUUUCUAUUUCAAACUGAGGCCAAAUCGAUUUUACUUUGCAAAAUUUUUGUUUUGCAAACCAACUUACAAAUAAAAAGAGAUUGCG